GGAACAUCCAGGUGAACGUGUUGCACUUCAGAGUAUCCAACACAGGAUUUUAGACCUAUUGAGGCUCUUCUUGAAGGAUGUUGACAGAAAUGGAGACGAUGACUUACGGCGCUGAGAUCAAACUGAGUGGAGGCCGUGGGGCCUGGAGCGGAGCGGCUCCCUCCACGUGCCCUGAGGUGGACUUAGAAGUUAUAGAGGAGUACCUCCAGGAGAACCUGCUUGAGAUCCAGCCUGCUCACACAUCGACAUCGUCUAUGACCACCAUGGGGCAGCAAGCACAUGCCCACCAGGACUCUAGGAUCAUAGAGAACAGCUGGUCAGGUCAGCAUGCUUAUGAGUGGCACUACGGCGCUCACGCUCCCAUCGAGGAAUACAAAAGACUCGCACCCCAUCCAGCAUGGCCUAGUCCUCAUAACAACCAGUGGGAACGUAUUGCGUACUCAUACGAGGCUCCUGCAUACAUCGACUCCGAUUCCCAAUCCAGUAGCUCCCAGUAUCAAGAUUACCAGGAUUCCCCUUCACCACCUUCUGACAGCAGGGACAGAAAAAGCAGAAACUCCUUACCUCUUGUGCCACUGUCAGGAAAGAGGAAGGAGCGCCUGUUCCAGUUCCUGUUUGAGAUGCUCCAGACACCCUCCAUGAGGAGCUGCAUCUGGUGGGUCCAGUCCUCCUCCGGGACCUUUCAGUUCUCCUCCCAAAACAAGGAAAGCCUAGCACAGCUCUGGGGGCGGAGGAAAGGAAACCGCAAGACCAUGACCUACCAGAAGAUGGCACGAGCACUGAGGAACUACUCCCGCACGGGAGAAAUUCACAAAGUGAAAAGGAAGCUCACUUACCGAUUCGAUGAGAAGACACUGAGAGGUCUACAAGGAAACUCCAACACACUGUAGACAGUCAUCGAGAAAGGACAAGCUGGAAAUGCCUU